CAUUGGAUAGAACUAGGUGUCCAAUCUGCCAAUUGAUAAAAUGCUCGCGUUCAGAGUUCAUUUUGUCUCGUUCAAGAUGUUCUAUCAUGCGAUUUUCUUCCUUUACUUAAUCGCUCAGACCUGUGCGUCGUGUUUAAACACCAGGAGUGCAACGAGGAUUGUAAUCAUCGGUUGUGGAGCUUCUGGUACCGCAGCUGCAACCAAACUGAUGUCAGAUGGUUUCUAUAAUAUCCAAAUUCUGGAAGCUGAAAACAGAAUCGGUGGACGCGUAAACACGGUCAAAUUCGAUGAUUACUUAGUCGAUUUGGGCGCGCAAUGGAUCCACGGGGAAAAAGGAAACGUCGUGUACGAAUUAGUAGCUGAUCUCAACAUAACUGACCACUCGGAAAUGUACACGGACGAGGUGUACACUUCCUCGGGUCAUUUACUCGAUCCUACGAUCAUGACGAAUCUUACACAAACUUUCAUGAACUACAUAGAUGACAUGGAAAAUGUAACGGCCAGUUGUGAACGUUCUGUUGGCGAAUGUUUUGAAACCAAGCUGAAACAAAAGUUUGCACUAUUCCCUGAAUUAAAUGAGACAAUACAGGAGCAAUUAUUAUGGAACUUCAAUAUGAUGCAAACGAGCCUUGAUCCUGCCGAUUCGUGGUAUGACAUUGCAGCAGAAAAAUACACCGAAUACCAAAUAUGCGAAGGAGAUCAAGCAAUAAAUUGGAAGGAACGAGGAUACGGCACUAUCUUAGAUAUACUAAUGAAAAAAUACCCAGAUCCGGCUAACGAGUUACCCCUUUUAAACCGAACUAAGCUUAAUACAGAAGUGACUAAAAUUGAUUAUUCGAACGAAGAUGGAACCAUGAAAAUAACAACGGAUGAUGGAACAGAAUACGUUGCCGAUCACGUAAUCGUGACAGUUUCUUUAGGGGUGCUUAAAGCACAACAUGAAACGUUAUUCAAUCCUCCAUUACCAGAAAAUAAAGUUAAAAAUAUCAAGAGUUUGGGAUUUGGAUAUGCUGCUAAAAUAUUUUUAGCAUUUAAUAGUACUUGGUUUAAUCCUAAAAACUUGAAGAAUGCAGGUUUUAGAAUACUAUGGACUAAAGAAGAAAGGGAACAAUUUAAUAGCAAGCCUAACACAAGGUGGAUACCUCACACGGUAGGAAUUUGGUACGUUGAACAUAAACCUCGCUUAUUGAGCUUAUGGAUUUCUGGAAAAGGAGCACGUCUAAUGGAAAACGUCACGGACGAGGAAGUACUUGAACAAUCCACGAUGAUAAUAGACAAAUUUUUAUCAAAGCAUUAUAAUGUUCAGAAACCAAUAGCGAUGAUAAGGAGCAAAUGGCACCAAAAACAUUUCCGUGGCACAUAUAGCUUCCGUAGUAUAGAAACGAUAAAAAUGAAUGCGAGUUCGGCACAACUGUCCGAACCAAUCAUGAAAAUGGAAAAGCCGUUGAUUUUAUUUGCCGGAGAAGCUACUAAUCAUCAUCAAUUUUCCACGGUGCAUGGGGCAGUUGCUGCCGGGUGGAGGGAGGCUCAAAGACUGAUAGACUUUUAUAAUAUAGACAGAUGUCACGACGUGUUGUUCUAAAUAUUAUGUAAUUAUUAAAUUGUCAUAAGCACCGUGUGUCGUAGAAUAAAAAUUUUGGUGCGUCGCUUCGCCAGCAAACAUGAUAAUGGGUACAUCCUAGGACAAAAAGAAAAUUUCAAGUGUCAUAUAAACUUUCAUGUUUUACGAAUAAAGACGUUCUUUUUCUUACCUUGCUGCA